UGAUCCUUCUCCAUUAGAUUUUUGGGUGGAGGCACUGUAAAAGAAUCAGUGACCCUCUCCGUUGGGGCAUGGCGCUUUUGAUAUGUAAGAGCUAUAUAAGGAGAAGCUUGGCCUCUCUUACAACUGAGAAGGGAGUUGUUGGCCCAAGAGCAUAUUAAGUAAUGGCUGGGUACGGUUACAAGAACAGAGGGUAUGUUGCCCAGGAGAAGAGCAGGUCAGGCACUACAAUCCAGCCAUGGGGAAGUUCAUACAAUGGAGUUGAAGAACGGUCAGAUCAAUGGAGGAAUACUGGCUUUCCUACCAACUAUGAGGGGUGUCAAGAUCACAGGUGCAGUCCUGUCAUCAUUGACGCUGAGGGUCGGAAACACGCGAUUGUUGCCUGCACUCCUGAGGACAACACACAGUACAUUGUUACUAAAAGAGAGACCAGAGGUGAGCAAGUUCAUGCACCUUUGGUUACCAGGUACAAAGAUAGCUCUCCUACAAGAAUGGGACCAACAAAAGAUUAUGGAACCAUCAAGAAGGAAUGGAGCAGUCCUGUGAACCCAUCUUAUGAACGACCCCCAAUAGUUGAUGAAUUUAUUGGCAAAGUCCAAACAGAAGCAAGUCGACCGACCAGGAUGGGACCCUUGAAUGGUGCGUAUUGGCGUCGUACACCCAACCCCCCUUGUCAUGAUGGAACCAAUGGCUAUUGUGACCGUACACAGGAUCCAACAGUGAUCACAACAGGUGGUUGGACGAGGCCCAGCCGUGUUGGUUGGGCAACACCGCCCAGUUAUGACAGUCCACUGGGCAAACCAACAAAUGACAUAGGAACUGCUGUUGAGUACAUCAAGGAAGCAACAAAGCCUUCAUAUGACAAAACAUUCACAACAGAGCCUCGGUUUACAGUACCUUCUCCUGCAGUACCAAGAGUUAAUUUUUCUCCUCCGACACCAGCCAUCGAUAGCAAAGAGGCUGCACGGAGGUACAAUGGCUUGAUGCUGAAAGCAGAUACAUGAAAUAGAGCACGAGCCUCCAACAAAUGCUUUAGGACACUUGGUGGACUUGUCUUCUUAUGUUACUACUAGAGUUUAUGCUUCUUUUCCUUUCCUUCUUUCUUUACUCUGUUACGUCUGAAGGUUUAAGAAUUGUCUGUGGCAUGUACUUUUGAUAUUAGUAUAAUAAGAUUUCUUAGUGUCCCUAAACAUUGUAUUUGGAGAAGAGUAUGUCAGACAGCCAACAAAAAAUAUGGUCAACUAGGGAGUUUGGGCUGUUAAGUGUGCAGUUCUAUGGGUUAUAUGUGUGUCGGUUCUGUGGGGGGUAUAUAUGUAAUGUUCUUUGCUUAUUUAAGUGUAAAGUACACUUUUGUCCAGUCUUUAGUCUAGUCUUUAGUUGUGGACUGGUCCUUAAUUGUCCUUAGUUCCUUCUACAUCAUUAUAAUAAAGCCCCCCACCUGUGUUCUCUUC